GCUAAUUGCAUGAGAAAAACUCAGUCGUCACUUUUUUGUGUAUUAGCUAGCUAGCUAGAGCCACUCUCUAGCCAUGAGUUUUUUCGGUUCUGGGCAAACUCCUAUAGUGAAGCGACUCCUCAGCUACAAGAAGACCCCUGAUGAGGAGGACGGAGCCGAAAAGUGGGACGAAAAGGCUGUCAAGUCCCUCAUCAAGAAGCUCAAGAAAACUGGAGGCCUUCAAGAGCUCGAGAAAGCCCUUUCAUCGAAUGGCAUAGUUCCCACUGGCUGUGUGACUAUACCCAGGAGCCUCGAUGGACGAUUGCAGGUUUCCCAUCGCAAGGGCCUGCCGCAUGUGAUCUACUGUCGGAUGUGGAGAUGGCCAGACUUGCAGAACCACCAUGAGCUUCGGGCGAUCGGACAGUGCCAGUUUGCGUUCAGUCAUAAGAGGGACGAUGUGUGUGUCAACCCCUUCCAUUAUGUCAGAGUAGAAACGCCAGUGCUCCCCCCUGUACUGGUACCUACCAACAUGCACCACGACAUCCCUGUAUACCGUCCCCCUCUCCCUCCUGAUGACACACUCCCGGCGAAUAUGACCCUGCCCCCUUACACAGGUGAUGAACCCCCUACCUAUCAUCAGUCAGAGGACGGAAAUGGGCUCUGUGUAGACAGCCCCCCAGGGCCGGGCAGCCAAUUUUCGUCUUCAGGUGUUGGAUCCCCUCUCUCUCCUUCAUCGUCUGGUCCCGAGUCUAUCCCUCCACCAUCCUAUGAUGGAGCUUCUCUCUUCUCCACCACCUUAAUGGGUACGGAGCACAUCCCUCCACUCUCAUUCACUGAAAGCCCCUCACCUCCUUUCAACUACAACUUCGUCCACUAUGUUGAGCCGGCUUUCUGGUGCUCGGUACAGUACUACGAGAUGAAGAACAGUGUUGGUAAAAUGUUUCAAGCUUCUAACAAAUCUUUUGUUGUCGACGGUUUCACCAGUCCAAACUGUUUGGACCGAUUUUGUUUGGGGGUCCUUUCCAACACUGAAAGGGAGAAAGAGCAGAAAAUUGAAGAAACCCGGAACAGUAUUGGCAAAGGUGUCCAUCUUUACAAGGUCUGUGGUAUCGUGUACGCGGAGUGUUUGAGUGAUGCACGUAUCUUUGUUCAAAGUCCUGUUGCAAACAUUGGUUAUGGUUGGCAUCCUGCAACCGUCUGCAAGAUUCUUCCUGGGGAAAAUAUUCCAAUCUUCAACUUCCAAAAGUUUGCUGCUCAACUUGGUCAGUCUGCGAAUUCUGACUUCGAGACUGUGUACAAGCUUUCACACAUGUGCAAGAUUCGUAUCAGUUUUGUAAAGGGAUGGGGUAUUGAUUAUCGGAGACAAAGCAUUACCGCUACCCCCUGCUGGAUUGAGAUUCAAUUGAACGGUCCCCUGGAAUGGCUGGACAGAGUCCUGGUAAGAAUGGGAUCUCCGAGCACGACCCCUCACUCAAAUACGUAAUUCAUCCAUUCUACUUUUUAUAUCGAACUUUGAACUGUAAUUGUUAGUGUGUUGGGUUAUUUGUCACAGGCCAAGCGAUCAUUUAAUCACUGAAUUGUCAUUCAUCGAUCAUCACUUUUUGUAGAUUUACAAUGACAAUGUAUGUCUUGAGUUGUAUAAUAUAAAGCUUAAUUAAGAGCC